AAUUCGGACAAAGCUGAGGGCCCAACACUAUUUUCUCUCUCUAGUUUCUUCCUCCCUCGGCUUCCCUCGCUUUCUUUUUCCCGAAGACAUCUCUCUCUCUCUCUCUCUCUGCCCCUCUAAAUCUAGAUCUUCCCGCAUUUCUGCUACGCAAGAAAAGAUCAGGAAGCAUGGAAGGUCAAGAGGGAACGCAGAUGCCUCAUCUUGUCCUCGCUAACAAGUUGUUCCUCCUUCGGCAUCCCGAUGUGCCUGAUAUCGAAAAAGUUCGUCUGAAGGAGGAGGUGUUUGUUUCGAUAAAAGAUAAUGACAUGGUUUCAGUAUACGAGUCUACAGCAGCAGAGCUAGGUUGGGAAGUAGACCAAGGACUUGUCGAUGCUAUGCGUGUUAAAAUUGAAGAGGAAGUGAAGAAACUCGAUGAAAAAAUAGCAGAUGCUGAAGAGAACUUGGGUGAGAGUGAAGUUCGAGAAGCUCAUCUGGCAAAAUCUUUGUUCUAUAUCAAGAUUGGUGACCAGGAAAAAGCUCUGGAGCAGCUGAAAGUAACUGAGCGCAAAACUGUUGCUGUAGGUCAAAAGAUGGAUUUAGUGUUUUAUACGUUACAGUUGGGCUUUUUCUAUAUGGAUUUUGAUCUAAUUUCCAAGAGCAUUGACAAGGCAAAAAACCUUUUUGAGGAGGGAGGAGAUUGGGAAAGAAAAAAUCGCUUGAAGGUCUAUGAAGGCUUGUAUUGCAUGGCCACCAGAAAUUUCAAGAAAGCUGCAAGCCUGUUUCUUGAUUCCAUAUCAACUUUCACCACAUAUGAGCUCUUCAACUAUGACACUUUCAUCUUCUACACAGUUCUAACCAGUGUCAUAUCGUUGGAUAGAGUUUCUUUGAAGCAGAAGGUGGUGGAUGCACCAGAAAUCCUGACGGUGAUUGGCAAGGUUCCACAUCUGUCGGAGUUCCUAAACUCACUUUACGGGUGCCAGUACAAGUCUUUCUUUUCGGCAUUUGCGGGUUUGGCAGAUCAAAUUAAGCUGGACAGAUACUUGCACCGUCAUUUCAGAUAUUACAUGAGGGAGGUCCGAACAGUGGUUUAUUCACAGUUUCUGGAGUCCUAUAAGAGUGUCACCAUGGAUGCCAUGGCAAGAGCUUUUGGAGUGAACGUUGAUUUCAUUGACAUGGAACUUUCUCGAUUUAUUGCAGCGGGGAAGCUUCAUUGCAAGAUUGAUAAAGUCGCUGGUGUACUCGAAACAAACAGGCCAGACGCGAAAAAUGCUCUAUACCAGUCGACCAUAAAGCAGGGAGACUUCUUAUUGAAUCGAAUUCAAAAGCUGUCCCGUGUCAUUGAUCUUUGAGCAUGCUCACUCUUCGCUGAUGGCCAAGUUUAUUUUUCCUGGAGUUCUCUCCUCUUUCUCAUCUUAUGCUCUUGAGAAUAGAAAUUCUGUCCCCACCUUUGAUGCAUGAUUAUUUGUUCAAAGAAUACGUUCUAAGCCUGUGUUUUAGGGCUCUGAAUGCCAGUGUUAUUUUUGCUUGUUCA